AUGAGGGAGUUAAAUAACAGAUAUAGUAACGAUAAAAUCCCCACGUGGACCCUAAGCAGCGUUCGGGAGCAAGCUCAGCGCCCAACAAAGGGCGCAACCGGCACAGAUGUCGCGUAUCCUCAAAGACGGGAAUCAAUCUUGGCGCGGAACAAAAGGCGUCGCGUAAUGGCGGCGAAAGGUGGGCGCCGCGCGGCGCGUGCCGGCCAGCUGCGGCCGCAUCUGCCGCGCGCGCUAAUGGCCGAUUUUGAAAUCUCGUAU